CGAAUCCAACAGGAUCACUCACAACCUUAUAAAUCAUAUGUAAAUUAGUAGCUUGUCUCAUGUUAUUAACAGUACCGACAUAUUGGUGCGGUGGUUGAGUUCUGAUACAAGGAAGGUCAUAAGUUCCUACCACGUGUGCAUGUCUAAUCAAUUAGCAAAAUAAACAGUACCGACGUCACAAAGGAAAACCCUUGCUGUUUAAUCUUUAUAUUUUCUCUGUAUUUGUACGUGUGUAUGCAUGUGUUACUCUUCUGUAUGCACAGGGUUUUGAUUUUAACAUUCUUUCUCUCUUUUCCAGAAAACAUGUUUUAUGAUGCCGAGUCUAUUUUUUCCCAUUAUCUGCAUUUUUUUCCUUUAUGAUGCCGAGUCCAAGUUAGGGUUUUGAUUUCAAUAUUCUUAUUGUUUUCCAGAGAACAUGUCUUCUGAUGCCGAGUCUUCAAGAGGAGUUAUCUUUGCACUCAGGCGAUUUGAAGCCUUCAAGUCAAUGAGGGAACACACUCAAAGAGCACGCCAAGCAAAAGCAGAGAGUAUUGAGAAGAAAAAAAGGAUGCCCCCUGUUGUUAAGAAGCUGUGCCCUAGUUCGAUUGACCCAAACGAAGAUUGUUUUGCAAUGACUCUUGAUGUUAGUCCUUCAUUCGGAUCUUCCAGCGUCAGCUCAUGCCCACCCCCGUGCCUGCCCACCGACAUGCCCACCCCUAGGAAUUCCUGUGUCUUUGAUGCAAUGCCUUUUCUUAACAUCAGGUCCAGUGAUUUCAAUGAAGCUUUAGCCUUUUAUGUAGAUGCCUUUGGGGCUGAGGUCCAGUUUGGUGGUACUGAAGCUAUACUCAAGAUCGGUGCACAUAAUUUUGUCAUAUUUAGCACCUUAGACAACGACUUGACUCCAGAUGGAGCUCAUUUCUCCCUCUCUACUGAUGAUGUUGAUAGUGCUGUCAACAAGGCUUUGACGGCUGGUGCUACUUUGUCGGGAAAACUUGUGCAGGUGUAUAGCAAGUGUCGCGUCUGGUGCAAGUUGGUCAAAAUAGAUGAUCCGUACGGUAAUCUAUGGAUCAUCCACUCCAGGGAGUUAUGUUCAGCUUGUCUGCAAUCCUUUGUGCUGCUGGUAUAGUUAUUAUCACACCAAAGAUUUUUUGUAGACAGCAAUGUUUUUUU